CUCAUAGGGACAAGGGGCCGCGGUGCAAUGUCUUCUGUCGAGGCGCUGCAGAAGGAGGGCAAUGCCCGCUUUGCCGCCGGCGACUUCCAGGGCGCGCUCGGCAGCUACGCUGCCGCGCUCUCCGCGGCCCCGGCGGACGCCAGCGAGAUUAAGGCGACGCUGCGCGCGAACAGGUCGAUCUGCUGCCUGAAGCUGGGAAACCCAGAGCUGGCGCUCGCCGAAGCGGAGCAGAGCAAGGAGCUCCGCCCCGACUGGCCCAAGGCCCACUUCCGCGCCGCCGCGGCCCUGGAGGCCCUGGCCCGCGCGGGCGACGCGCGGCUGGCCCUGUGCGAGGCGGCGCGGAUCUCGCCGCAGGACACCGAUGUGGCCAAGGCCCUGCAGCGGAUCCGCGGCAAGAUCUUCAGGGGUCCGGCGUUGCGGGUGGGUGUCGCGCUGGACACCCUGGAGGA